AUGCAGUAAUCUGAAUUUGAAUCGAAGUUAAAUGAAGAGAUUAAAUUUAGAGAUCUUAGGUAUCAGUAACUCAAGAUUGAAAACACUCAAAAAGAAAACAAACAUUUUAAUUUAUUUAGAAAUAUUACAAUCAAUUUGAAAGCAAUUUAAGAAUUAGAAACUUUGUAUAAGAUUAAAAUAUUAAUUGAGAAGAGAAAUACCUUUAGUUGGAACAAAUUUUAAUUGAAGAAAUAUAGAAAUUUUAGUAGAACCUAAAAGGAUUGGAAUAUGAUUACACAAAGAUUCCAAUCAGAUUUUAAAUUGCUAUAUGAUGGCAUAAUUUCCAAUAAAAGUGAAAUUAUAUCAUUGCAAAUAAAAAAAUGA